CAAAAUUUACGCGUCAUGUUUGCGCCGCUUGGGUUAUUCAAAGGGAUUACUUGCCCGGGAGGAGCAGGUUGUGGGAUAUUGAAUUGCAUAUUUCUUCAUCAAGAGACAAAAGUUCGAGAAACGCAGCAAGUUCCGUGCUUGGAUACUAAGACAGAUGUCGAGCCGCUGGAGAAGAAGCGGAAACUAGUCCGUGGGAAUGAGGAACCUGUGAGAAAACGUGCGGUUCAAUCCGAGCAAAGUCGCGAUGCUGCGCCCAAAGAGAUCAAGGAUCUUGUUUCUGCCCGGAGAAAGGUAUCACCUCCCCCAGCCAGGCCAGCGACAACUAGUCCAAGUUUGAAACGAAAAGCACCGAAAGAAUCUCUCAAUCCGAGACUACUCAAAAAAGCGCCUGCGACUCAUCCGGUGCGAUCUUCGAUUCUACUCAAGCUUCACGGCGCAAUGAAAGUGCUGAAUGAGAAAAUGGCUAAACUCAAAGACCUGGAGAAGGCGUCGCUGGUCUUGACGCCGGACGAGUUGGUUGUAAUGGCUUUGGACGAGGAACAGAAAACCGCGACGGAGAAUUCGGCUGUGUACAGCAAUGUCAUCAAACUCCGAAUCGUGAAAUUAUCGCGAAUGAGUCUGGAAGAAUGGGAAAAGGAAGUCGUAGCUCACCUCAAUGCACGAUACUAUAAAAUCCAAGCACCGAAACCACCUCAACCAGAACAACGAUACACAACAAAUCUGACAGAAGAAGAAGAAAUCGAGAUUGCGCGCAUGCUCCGCACCGAAAUCAUAGGCAAAGAGCAAUAUGGCUACAUCACUAAAAUUCCCACCGAAGCCGAAAUUGCAGAAGCCAAACGCGGCAUCGAAGCAGCAGACGGAUGGGAGAAAUGUGAUCGAUGCGCGGGUCGGUUUCAGGUCUUUCCUGGUCGUCGUGCGGAUGGAACUCUUGCCACUGGUGGGAAGUGUACAUAUCAUCCUGGAAAAGUGUUUCGACCGCCUAGAAAGCCGACGGAUCAUAUCACGGGUGGUCAGGCUGAGGCGUAUUUUCCGUGUUGUAAUGAGACGGUUGGGACGUCUGCGGGAUGCACGAAAGCAGAGCAUCAUGUUUUUAAGGUAUCAGAUCCGAAACGACUGGCUGCUGUGAUGCAGUUUGAGAAGACUCCGGCGAGGGAUGAUGAUGUGUCGAGAAAGCCGGUUACAUUUGACUGUGAAAUGGGAUAUACGACACUGGGGAUGGAACUUAUCCGAUUAACGGCACUGAGUUGGCCAAAGGGCGAUACUCUGCUAGACGUAUUGGUGAAGCCAAUUGGAGAAAUCCUCGACUUGAAUUCGAGGUAUUCUGGUGUUUUCCCGGAACAUUUUGUGAAUGCCGUCCCAUACUCGAAGCCUCCACAAACAAAGCCCAAAGACGUCGAAGAGACGGCUCCCAUGCAAGUCGUCGACUCUCCCGCUGCUGCACGCUCAUUACUCUUUGAACUAAUCGACCCCUCUACACCACUAAUCGGCCACGCAAUCGACAACGACUUGAAUGUCGUACGUAUCAUUCAUCCUACCAUCAUCGACACGGUCUUACUCUACCCUCAUCCGAGAGGGUUACCGGUACGAUAUAGUCUGAAAUAUUUGAGUAAACUCCAUCUUGAGCGGGAUAUACAAAUGGGUGGUGCAAACAAGGGACACGAUUCAAGAGAAGAUGCAUUGGCGACGGGGGAUUUGGUAAGGGUUAAGGUUGUUGAGAAGGCGAGCGUUUUAAAGCUUACAUCACGGGUAUCAACUUUUUUCCCUCCAUCGUCCAGUGGAUCAAUCCAGAACCAGUUCAAGUAA